CUUACAAAAUAUCGAUGUUGUUACAUCUUUACAUUUUCAAAGUGUAGACAACGACAUAAGUUGUAAGGUUGUAAGUUGCAAACUUUUCAAGUCAAGUUUCGAUAGAUGGCGAUGUUGGACUUGUGGCGCAAAAUAUCCAAAGACGAGAAGGACUGGACAGCACACUCGUAAACAGAAAGAACACUGCUGGAUUGUUAUUUUUAAGAUUUCAUUACGUUCCUCAUUAGACCAACUAUAAAAAACAAAAACGGUUUCCGACUGAUCAUGGAUGUACCAGAGGCCAGUCACUCUCAAGAAGCACCAGCAGAUUGUGUAAACUCUUCACACGAGUCCAGCGUGUCCUUAACACCGCACAUGUUGGCCAAAAUAGAACGGAACAGACAACGGGCAUUGAUGCUCAGACAAGCCAGGCUCGCCAGUAGACCGUCUUCAGCUAUAGAAGGUGCUACUUGUGCUAAAGUGGCAAAAACUAUAGACUCUGGUGCAGGGUUCUUCAUUGAAGAGGAGACGGCAGAGGAUGAGCAGCAGGAAAAGAGAGUGGUUCAGCAACCAGCCCCUGUGAUGGAGCCUGAUUAUCUGAUGUGUGAGGAGUGUCAGAAGCCAUUUAUGGACUCUUACCUCAGCAACAGUUUUGAUUUGUCUCUGUGUGAUAAAUGCAGAGACAAUGAAGUGAAGCACAAGCUAAUAUCUCGCACUGAAGCGAAACAGACUUUCCUUCUGAAGGAUUGUGAUCUGGAUAAGAGGGAGCCACUGCUGCGAUUUGUCCUGAGGAAAAAUCCUCACAAUCCACACUGGGGAGACAUGAAACUCUACUUAAAGACACAGGUGGAAAAGCGCUCUCUGGAGGUAUGGGGCAGCGAGGAAGCUCUGGAGGAGGCCAAGGAGAGUAGAGAGGAGAACAGGGAGAUUCAGAAGCAGAAACGCUUUAACAAAAAAGUUAAAGAACUGAGGCGGGCGGUAAGGAGCAGUAUGUUUAAGAAAGAUACCAGUGUCCAUCAGCAUGACUACGGCCCUGACGAGGUUCUGGACGAAGAGGAAGAUCUCUACAGGAAAGUGUGUCAAACCUGUGGACACGAACUCACUUUUGAGAAAAUGUAAAUACGUCUUCAAACUACAGCACAGGGAAGAAGCAGGUCCGAAUCACGUUUCUAGUCCUCGACACAUUCCUUUGGCUUGCAGUCCAGGUACCAAUACAGGUUUUUCCACUUUUUUUCACUUGAUCACAAGAGGGCACUGUAGAGCUACCAUUUUAAGAAAACUGCAAUCAAAAUGACAGAUGAUGUAAGGUUGAGUUUUUGCCGUUUAGGGGAGAGUACACUGUUGAACAUGUUCUAUAUCUGUGAAAUGGACAAGGAAAAAUACUAAGGAAAUAUAUUAAAUAGUUUACCCUUUCAACUGUGUAUUUAAUAUUUAGGACCUGACUACCGUAAACCUGCUCUUUCACAUACGAUAUUAUUAUAAAUGACGAGGCAAAAGCUCUAAACGGGUCCAAAGUUGAGCUUGUAACAGGAUCUCGUUUCUCAGUCUCCUACCGCGUGCCUGUUUGUUCGGCGAGGGAUUUUGAUGAUUCCGUACGUAGACUGAGAGAUUCUCUCACGGUGUUGUGUUUCAGUCUCUCUGUGGCCAUUGAAAGUAUCCGACAAGGAGCACAAACACACUCACAUUUGGUGCCAAGGUUGCUAGAUACUUUUUUGCUGUAUUAUAAUUAUAAAUAAUGAACUUAGCCUAUGAAAUGUUUGUAAUAAAUUUUUUACAAAUUGGAGAACGUGUCUCCAUUCUGUGUUUACAUCGUCCAUUAUCAGCUUUUAUUAUCUGAUGUCUCAUUGACCACAAACACGCAUAUUAUUAUUCUUCAGGGACGCAUACGACCGCAUGCCCACUUUUAUCAUGGCAAAGCUUGUGAAUGUGAGUAAGAGUGAAUAUGCGAUCGUUCCUUUUGUCGUGAUGUCCACUAAGGCAGGGUUACACAUGCCUUGCAUUGCUGUCAUAAUUUGUGUUCGCCCUAUAUCUUGUUAGCUUUUUUGUCUCUGUCCCAUUUAGGCCCCAUGACCAAACGAAAGACACCUCCAGUAAAAUCCUAUAUUUAUUAUGUAAAUGUAAAUGAUUAUUAUUGUUGUCAAUGAAAAAAGCUAAGCGGC